AUGGGGAAUACAGCAAAGAAACAUCAGCUAGAUGAGUACCUCAACGUCGGAAGCUCUUAUAGACAAAGCCGUCAGUUUAAACUGGCAAUUGUAAACUUACAACGAGCGUUGAUAUUAGCCAAGGAACUGAAAGACGGAAAGAAAGAAUUCAAGGGAAACAUUGAGUUAGGUACUGCCUAUAUAAGGGACAAUCAGAUUCAAACGGCAAUGGAAUACUAUGAGCAAGCUUUGGAAAUUGCAAAAAAACGAAAAGAUCAAACUCAGCGGAGACAACGGCAUACCUUCGGUUGGGACUUGUUUAUAGAUUAAACAAUUAGUUUGAAACGGCAAUUAAAUACUAUGAGCAAGCCUUGGAAAUUGCAAAAGAACGAAAAGAUCAAGAUCAGGAGACAAAGGCAUACCUUAGGUUAGGUUAGGACUUGUUUAUAGAUGGAAGAAUCAGUUUGAAACGGCAACUAAAUACUAUGAGCAAGCCUUGGAAAUUGGAAAAGAACGAAACCAUCAAGCUCACGAGACAACGGCAUACCUUCGGUUAGGACUUGUUUGUAGAUUAAACAAUCAGUUUGAAACGGCAAUUAAAUACUAUGAGCAAGCCUUGGAAAUUGCAAAAGAACGAAAAGGUCAAGAUCAGGAGACAAUGGCAUACCUUCGGUUAGGACUUGUUUGUAGAUCCAAAAAUCAGUGUCAAACGGCAACUAAAUACUAUGAGCAAGCCUUGGAAAUUGCAAAAGAACGAAAAGAUCAACAUCGGGAGACAACAGCAUACCUUAACUUAGGAGAUGUUUAUAGAUUAAACAAUCAGUUUGAAACGGCAACUAAAUACAAUGAGCAAGCCUUGGAAAUUGCAAAAGAACGAAAAGAUCAACAUCAGGAAACAACAGCAUACCUUAACUUAGGAGAUGUUUAUAGAUUAAACAAUCAGUUUGAAACGGCAACUAAAUACUAUGAGCAAGCCUUGGAAAUUGCAAAAGAACGAAAAGACCAAGCUCAGGAGACAAUGGCAUACCUUGGGUUAGGAGAUGUUUAUAGAUUAAACAAUCACUUUGAAACGGCAAUUAAAUACUAUGAGCAAGCCUUGGGAAUUGCAAAUGAACGAAAAGACGAAGCUCACGAGACAACGGCAUACCUUAACAUAGAUCUACAUAGGACAGGCUUACAGAUUGAACAAUCAGUUUCAAACGGCAACUAA